AAUGCAUUUAGGUGGGGUCUUAGCCAGGUUCUCUCCACAUAAAACAUUGUUGUCGCAGAGUAAAACCCAGCGGGGCCACGGACGUCAGUCAUCGCCGAGAUUUUAGCUCCCGCGUGCACAGUUCGGGGACGAGGUAGACCAGCAGCACCAGCACCCUUUCCACAAGGUCAUGGUGAACUGAGGCAGAACGGAGCCCGCACCCAGUUUGCUCGGCCUUCGUGGUACCCACAUUUUCCAAAUCCGAGGAUGACCGCAGCGACAAGACAAGACGUCCUCCGCCUCUACCGCCGAAUCUUCAGGCUGGCGAGGAGGUGGCAGGCAGCGUCCGGGCAGGUGGACGACACCGCGCGAGAAAAGCAGUACAUCCUACAGGAAGCCAGGACGCUGUUCCAGAAAAACAAGAACCUCACAGACACAGACCAGAUUAAGCAGUGUAUAGAUGAAUGCACAGCUAGGAUCGAAAUCGGACUGCACUACCAGAUCCCAUAUCCAAGGCCAAUUCACCUGCCUCCAAUGGGCCUUACCUCACUACGAGGCCGGGGACUUCGAAGCCAGGAGAAACUGAGGAAACUUUCCAAACCAGUAUAUCUCAAGUCUCACGAUGAGGUUUCCUAAUCCAGGGAAAGUUUAUUUCUCAGACGAUGAGCCAACUAGGUCUUCAAUGUAAACCAGACGGCAAAACUUUUCUCCUUAUUGGGGCAAAAAUUCAAUUAUCUUCUUUAAAGCCUCCCAAAUAUUGGUACUGACCUCA